AUGCUUGUAAUGAUAUUUCCGCUUCUCCAAUUGCACACUCUCAUUCUUAUCCGCACCGAUAGUCUUUCCAGAUUCUCACACGACAUAAUGUCGUCAUUCCCUCGCGCCCUCCCGUUCCCCCUCCUCGUCCCCUCGCGCCUUACCCUCAUCGCCCUCCUCGCGCUCAUCGCGCUCCUCCGCCAGGCGGAAGCCUACACAGAGCCGCCGAUCCCCGACGGAUGCGUCGCGGAGAUAGCGGAGGAGGACCGGGAGGCCAUGCGCACGGAUUACGCGGCUCUGCCGGAGCUGAUGUUCUUCUGGCACGACGGCAUACCGCAGUACAAGAUGUUUGACGACAACCACAACGUCUCUUACUGCUGCGUCGCGCCCAAGCCCGCUGGUGUGUCGUGCCGCCUCUCGUGCCCGCUCGAGUGCACGCCCGCCGGUCGCAUAACGGACAUUUUUUCCGACCCGAGCCGCCAGGACAUGCCCGGGCCCACCGGGAGCGGAGGGAGCUGCCCGCCCGGCGCGCUUUCGCCCGCCAUUGGCGAUCUCGCGGAGCUCUCGUCGCUUGUUUUCCGCCACUCGUGCCUCGGCGGCGACUUGCCGGACUCCGUCACGCGCCUCCAGAAGCUGACGAUAUUUGAAAUGCCCGAAAACAACUUCACCGGGCCCAUUCCGCCAGGCCUUUUCCGCCUGCCCGCGCUCCGCCACGUGGAUCUGAGCAUACACAGUGACUGGCCGGAAUAUCAACUUCAAUAUACAGGUCUGUCGGGGUCCCUGCCCGACGGGCCCGACGCGUACUCCCUGUCGCUGGAAGUGGUCUUUUUGUCUGGCAACGCGCUCUCGGGGGAGCUUCCGCGCGCCCUUCUCCGCGCGUCUGCGCUGCGCCUUCUAGACCUGGAGAGCAACAACAUCACGGGGGAACUCCCGGGGGAGGCGGGCGCGUAUUCGCGGAGCAUCAUUCAGCUCAUCCUGCGCAACAACAGCCUAUCCGGCGCCAUAUCGGCCGCGCUGGCGGAGAUGACGGCGCUGCAGAAACUCGACCUGGGGGAGAACCGUCUAUCCGGCGCGGUGCCCGCGGCGCUGCGCGACUCCGAGUCGCUCAAGGCGCUCGACGAGGUGCGGCUCGACGGCAACGCGCUCACCGGGCCGUUCUGCGACGCGCUGCUGCCGGCGCGCGAGCUCUUGCUGGGCUUCAACGACUUCGGGGCUAGAGAGACUCAGCGCGCCGCACGCGGGUCUCUGGGGGAGCGUUCCGCCCGACCUGUUCCUCGCGACAAACCCGACGGCGGGGCGCAUGUCCGUGGGAAGUGGACUAUCUACAUGGACCUGAGCCACAACAGCCUCUCGGGCAGCCUGAAAGCUUUCACGGUGCUUCCGACUGGUCUAUUCGACCUGUCGCAUAACUACUUUUCCGGAGGUAUUCCUGAGGCGUUUUUCAGCGACUUCUCGUGCGUGGACCUGCGGUUUAACGACCUGCGGGGUCCGCUGUUCGACGCGCGCUGGGAUUCGCGGUCUCUACUAUGGGUAUAUGAUUGGGACGUGCUGCGCGUGAGCAACAACAGCGCGCGCAUGGCGGGCGCCGUGGGCGCGGGGUACCUUCCCCCCCAGGCGCCUGGCGUGCAGGCGUCCGCUGCUGAGACUGCUGCGCUACUGGCGGUGCGCGAUGCGCUCCUGGGGCAAACAGUUGGGGAAGCAGCCGGGGGAGCAGCGGGGGUAGCGGGGUUAGUGAACGGCGGAAACGGCUCGUGGGCGGAGAUACUGCGCAGCUGGGACACGAGCAACAGCAGCGCUUGUGCCUGGUACGGCGUGGGAUGCACAGCAGACGGACACGUGGACACUCUCCACCUGGAGGGCAACAUCAACGUCACGAUGCAACCCCACGUGGUGACAGAAAUGCCCGACUGUGAAUACGAGCAGAGCGAAUACGCGUUGAGCUUGCCGUCAUGCAACCUCAACCGUCCGUUACCUCCUGAUAGCGUGCGCUUCUUCCUGCAGGGCAUGUCUGGCGGGAGUGGGAGCGGCAGCAGCAGCAGUGCGAGUGCGAGUGGGAGUCUGUCGGAGGCGUUGGGGCAGCUGACGCACCUCACCUCGCUACGCAUCUCCGGGCACGUCCUCUCCGGCGGCCUGCCACCGUCCCUCUCACGCCUCUCACACCUCGUCGCUCUCGACCUCUCCUCCAACCGCCACCUCUCCGGCUCCAUCCCCCCCGCCCUCUUCGCCCUCCCCUCGCUGCGAGAGCUCUCCCUCCGCGGGAACAACCUUACGGGAGAGGUCCUCCCAACCGCCACUGCAGGAGCAGCAGCAGCAGCAGCAGCGCCACUGCCAGCGAGUUUGGAGAGUCUAGACGUGGGGGGGAACGCUCUCUCAGAGUCCAUAGCAGCGCAGGUGGGUCUUCUGACGGGGCUGACGCGACUGGCACUGGACCACAACCGGCUGGACGGCAGCUUGCCAAGGGAGCUCGGCGCGCUCUGGAUGCUCCGAGACCUGCAGCUGCAGGGGAACGCCCUCCGGGGGGACGUCUCUGCACUCGCUGCCGCCUUCCCCACUCCCCCUUCUGCUCCCGCCGACUCUGCUGCCUCCCGUGCGCCUGUCUUGUGGGGUCUCCGCGGGGUGUUCCCGCUGCUGACCCGUCUGGACGUCAGCAACAAUCAGCUCUCGGGCGACGCAGCCACGUUCUUCCCUCGCGAUCAAGAAAUCCACACGCUGAAUUUCUCAAACAACCACCUCACGUGGGGCCCCGGCGGCAACGCCUCUUGGCACGCUGACUAUCUGGACCUCUCGCACAACCGCAUCAGUGCCCCGCUGCAGGACCUUUUCGGAAACUUAUCAAAGGGGUUCUACUCGACGGUGCUGCGUCUGUCGCACAACCUGCUGUCGGGACCCAUCCCUGCUCCCCUCCUGGGGGACAGAGUGACGCACGAGUUGGACCUCUCACACAACCUGCUUAGAGGUUCAAUUCCCGCCAUCAACAAACUGGACUUGAAGACACUCGAUCUGUCGCACAACCAGCUGACUGGUACCAUUCCCCAGCUCGAUAUCACCUCCCGCCUCCCCCUCGCCUCCUUGGACCUCUCGUCCAACAAGCUUACUGGAAGCAUCUCCGAUGCUCUUGUCACCGGUCUCACAGCCCUAUCCCACUUGGAUCUCUCCAAGAACCUCCUCUCAGGCUCGCUGCCCCGCUCCCUCGCUGCUCUCCCCCCCCUCACCCAUCAGGACCUCUCACGCAAUAAGCUCAAAGGCUCCCUGCCUGCCUUCUGCCAGGGCAAGCAGCGCCUCGCCUCUCUCCUCCUCUCCUCCAACGCUUUCUCCGGCCCCCUCUCCUCCCUCCUCCCCUCCUCCUCCUCCUGCGCCUCCUCCCUCCUCUCCCUCAACGUCUCCACCAACCAGCUCUCCGGCUCGCUCCCCUCGUCACUCUCGCGCUUCACCGCUCUGCACUCCUUAGUAGCGGUGCGCAACCGCAUGAGCGGCAGCAUCCCUGCAGGGCUGGCAUCGCUGACGGCCCUGCAGGAGCUGGACGUGUCGUGGAGUGGGCUGUCAGGCACCAUCCCUGCGUGCCUGCGUGCUGCUGCCCCCUCCCUGCAAGUGCACCUCGCUGGCAACGCGCUCUCUGGCUCCGUCCCCCCCUCUCUCUCCGACGUGCCCACCUCCUGCUUCCGCCCCGGCAACCCCAAGCUCUGUGGGAAACCCCUGCCUAAGUGCAAGAAGCGCUCUUCCAAGCCCAGGAAGGGUCGCGUGUAG